AUGAUUCUCCUCAACAAUCGCGACCGGCCAUCCUCGGCCGCCUCCUGGGCCUGGAAGCGGCUACUGCGGUUUGUGGUGGUCUUUGUCUGCAUCGCGGCAUUUGCUACUUUCAUGUGGCCGACCAUCGAACCGCAAAGCCCGCCGAUGCACCAGGCCAGUAACAUCACCAUCUCCGCCAAUGUCAAGUGCGAGCUCGACGAGAGUCUGCUGCUCAAGCUCGAGGUCAAGAAACUGGCCGAAUACACCCGGCGGGAAAUCGUGGUGGACUUUACCGACGAAGAGGUCCCCAUCACCCAGAAAAUCGACCAGCCCUUGUGGGAUACCUCGAUGGUCAAGGGUAUCGACCGCACAUUGACGGAGCAGCCGCAGGACGGCUGCUCGAUUCCCCACCCGGUGUCGGUCAAGCUGCCCCCUAAGCCCAAAAUGGCCGAUGCGUCGCAUAUCGACUUUGGUGUGGCGACCACCGUGGACAGACUGAACGACUCGCUCAAUGCAUUCGAACACUGGGCUGCGUAUACGCGGACUCGGAUCUUUGCCUUGGUGGAACCAGAUGAGCGGCUUCCUCAAGUCCAAGCCAAGGCAGAUGCCAUGGGCAUUAAUCUCCAUAUUCACGAGUCGGAGGAUGACUACCUCCGCCGAUAUUUUGCGCUGAUUCCGCUGCUGGAGGAAAACAUGCGCCCCCAGACCAAAUGGGGUUGCAUUAUUGACGAUGAUACCUUUUUCCUGUCCAUGCCCGCGCUGGUGAAAGCGCUAAGCUUAUACGACCACACUCAACCCAUGUACAUUGGCGGUAUAUCCGAGGGCGUCCCGCAGAUCGGAGUGUUUGGAGUGAUGGCAUUUGGAGGCGCAGGCGUCUUCUUGUCGCGCCCACUGAUAUCAGAUUUGGUCACCGUGUACGACGAGUGUCAGCAAAUGAAUUUCUCCGGUGACCGUCGUAUUGCCUACUGCAUCUACCAAUACACCCAAACCCGACUGACCAUCGACCACCGCCUGCGCCAGCUGGACCUGAUGGUGGACGCAUCUGGAUUCUUUGAGUCGGGCCGAGAACCCCCGUUGUCCGUGCACCACUGGAAGUCGUGGUUCCAUGCCGACAUGACCAAGCUCGGUGUCAUCUCCAGUCUUUGUGGGGAUGCGUGCCUCUUACGCCAGUGGCGCUUCAGCGACGGCUUCAUCCUGACCAACGGUUUCUCCGUGAUCCGCUACUCCCACAACCUCGAGCCCGGCGACCUCAGCAUGGAGAUGACAUGGGACGGGCACAACGGUGCAGCUAUGGAUAUGUAUCUCCACGAGCUCGGUCCGCUGCGUCCCCGGGACGAGGACAAGACCAGCUAUCUGCUCCAGGACAGCGUGGUGGACCAGAUCACCGGCCGAGUCACGCAAUGGUAUAUCGAACGGGACACAAGACGAGGCGAUAAAGUUCUAGAGCUGUCCUGGCAGAAGCGGUGA